AUGACUUUGAUCUCCUCCUCCGUUCCUCUCGACACCUUCUACUGCCACACCAACACUCUCGCCCACCAGAACAACACCUCUUCCACUGCCAACGAACAGGCCCUGUCCUGGCUCCACUUUGAGCCAGCGACAGUGUCCACCCCAAUUAAGAACAACAAGUACCGCACCUUGGCCUCUAUCCAGGCCCAGUCCCUUCAGCAGCACCUCCACCUCCUCAACAACGGCGACAACCUCUCCCCCGUCUCCCCCACCUCCGCUAAGCCCUCCCUCCUCGAUACCCAAUCCACUUCUUCAAUUACCACCACAACUUCUACUGCUCCCACCACCAGUAUCACCAAGGAGUCGACCACCACCCACUCCAUCACCGCCGCCCUCCAGGCCAUGGACGCCAGCCACGGCACCUGCUUCCUGACCUGGAUCCACAACCCAACCAACCUCGACUACAUCUCCCUCCGCCUCCGCCCCCUCUGCCUCGAAUACCCUCUCGUCGACGUCGCCAAUGUCCUCCGCUGGAUCGGCGCCGACUGGUCCUCGACCGACUGCAAGGCCCUCUUCCGUGCUGUCACCUCCAACUGGGACCAGUCCAAGCGCCGUAUCCUGGCGUUCUUGCUUAUCCGCGACGAGGAGAUGAGACAAAAGGCCAAAUCAAAGUUGGUCGAGUUUGCUCAAAAGUCUUCGGCUACGACCUCCAGAAAGUCCACUCAACUCCGGACCCCUGGCUCUUCCUCUUCCUCCUCCUCCUCCUCCUCCUCCUCAAUUUCGCCGCAGCAACAGCAUCAGCGAAUCCAACCUACUAUUCAUUACCAGCAGCGCAUCCAACAGCAACAGCAGCAGCAACAGCGCAAGCAGCUCCAGCAGCUCCAGCCCGUAACCGUAGGGACCUCCGUACCCAGCAUUAUCGACAACAACAACAAUAACGCCUUUUCCUCCUGGCGUGGCAGCGUCAACAUGACUACCCUCGAAAACAUCGCUGCGGCCUCCUUGAUAACAGGGAUCGACAUGACCCUUCCCUUAUCCACCUCGUCUCCUUUAUCCUCCUCUUCCAUUGCUGCUUCGGGCUCUGCUCCUGCCGCCGCCUGCGCCUCCACCACGUCUACCAACCUUUAUUCUCGUCGUUUUUCUCCCUAUUGA